UAUCUGUCAGGUCUCAAAUCUGCUGGUCUAUCUCCGGUCACAUUGACUGGCCAGUUGUUGGAAUUGCUGCCACAUCUCUCUCUGCCAGCGGUGCCUAAUUUUUCUUGCGUACCAUCCCGUCGCAUUUCAACUUCAAGCGCAAUAGAUCCCACAAAGGAUCACGAUCUGCUUUCGACACCCAAGACAUCAGGAUUCAGUGGAAGUCAUCUUCAGUUAUCUACUAAUGUGGAAAAAAACCAGUCCUUGAAAAAACAAUAUCUGAAUCUGAUUGCGGAAAGUAUAACUCAAGGCUGUGAUAUUUUUGGUUUUACAUCCUGUGAAGGUCCACAGUCACUCUCUGAUUGUGCUGUUAAAGAGUUGGUGAUGCAACAUCCGUUGAGUCAGUUGUUACUGAGGGUAUUUCUUCAUCCCGGUUUCACAAAGGAGGAUCGUAACUGGUUGUGCUCCUUGGUUCGUAACCAACAACAGGCCAUUAGUUUGGAGUCCAUUGGUGUUCGAGAUGAUACUCCAUCGACUGGUCUGUCUGAUGCACAAGCUGUGGUUGCUGUGCAAUCGAAAGCAUUCGAUUGCCUAUUGGAAGCACUGACUGAUUUGUCCACAAUCCUACACUCUCCAUCGUCAAAUCCAAUCGGAUCUGUUCAUUUUGCCUACCCUGGACCAUAUGGAGCGUUAGAACAGCGACGUCUUUCUGAUGGUCCGUACAUUUUGUCCCAAUCAUUGGCUACUUCUAGCUUGGGCAACGAGACACGGGUUACCACAUCACGUUCCGAUAGUCAUGGUCACACACGUAACAACUGCACAGGUAUGGACUGCGUAAUGAACGUCAAUUCCUACGCGAAGUCGCUUGCUGUGGCGCGCGCUUCUCUCCCGAAUGCGUUGGCAGCACAAUAUCCAGUGGAGACAAUCACAGAACACACAAGCGAUUCAGUUUCAUUAAGCAGCGCCAGUUCCAAUUUUUCCAGUAACUUAGACCUGCGGCCGGUUUGUCAUCAUCGACACGGAGCGUCUCCGGUCAAGUCACCGGUCGGAAGUGCCGUGGCUGUGUCCACUCAUGAGGACAGCUAUUCAUUGCCUCCGUCACCUCCUUCCACAGUGGCUACUGUGUCUUCCGAGAUGCAGAUAACUUCAAUAAAUGGCACUUGUUCUACUCGAAUUCCAUGUAAUCUGUCCUGUGCGAACUAUCCCUUGCUCGAUCGAGAUUUCCACAACCAGGGACUUUACGAACCAAACGAAUGCGACGGAUCGCAAAAUCCGUGUACAUCUAAUUUCGGUCACGGACCGGAUUCAACUACUUUCGCUGGUCACGACUCGUCACCGGAACCGCAACUGUUUCACAAAUCAUCUAACCUGACUGAAGAUUUGACUGGAUUCUCCGAUUCCUCCUCUCCCAUGUUUGCUGUACCGAGCUGGUUGAAAAGUUUGCGACUUCAUAAAUAUGCCGGCCUAUUUCAACACUUAUCCUACGGUGAAUUUAUGGGAAUCACGGAGUCGUGGCUGGAAGAACGUAAUGUCACUCAAGGAGCGCGAACCAAAUUGCUUCUCAAUAUCCGCAAAUUAGCCACUCGUGGAUCUCUACUACAACAGAUGGAAACUGAUUUGCUACAAGCACAGUCUACCGGUCCAGCAUCUUUGUGCACUUUGCGUGCAUGUAUGACAGAAAUAUGGAACAUUCUUCACACACCUAUGGCGCCGUGCUUUUCACCACCACCGACAUCAUCACCAUCUAAUUCGGUUUCGAGACAUGACUCGCUUGUGGUUUCAACGGAGGGUAAAACUACUGAUGUGAGUGCAGGCCAAUCAAAACCAUCCUCGGAAGCCUUCCGUGUAUCUCAGACACCUACCGAUGGGGUGGCGCAAUCGCUGGUUUCGCUUGAAGCUUUGCAAGUGGAUGCUCAUACUGUAAAUUCUGUCCACUCCGCAGUGGAGACGGAGUCGUUGCCAAAUCAGAUUAUGAGUUGUUUGACAAAAGUUUGUUCGCGGCUUUUGGUCAGUUCGCAGCCUGAUCUGGACUGUUGUGAACAAUUUAUCCAACUCUUAGACAUCAUUGGUGGCCAUCCGGCUUUUUCGGAUAAACAAAAGAGCUUGACUGCCUCAUGGAAGCAGCAGAUGUUUAAUCUUUUAGACUCCCUUCCAUUUCAUCUGACCUCUGAUCCGUCGCGUUCGUCACGUUCUAUUCCGCGAUCGUAUCACGGAGGUCGAUCUUUUCGGAAACCACCUUGUCGGUUUCAUCCUCGAUCGAAGAAAGGAAUUGUUGCCUGUUGUUCCUCCAUGUCUGUGCAUGAUGCUCCAACUCUCGCGACUGUGGCCAAUUCCGAUCCUCCUUGUACUACUUCCUCGUAUUCCACGGCUCAAGAUCAAGGCCUAGGGGCGUGCAAUCUCGGUCUACGAGCCAUUCAAACCCAGGGUCAUAAUACCAGUGGUCAUUCGUAUCAUCCGGUUUGCUCUUUGGAUGAUAACUCUCAUCGUAGGCACAGUGUACCAGUCAAUCAAAUCCGACUGGGACUGCAACCAAUCAAGUCCUGUCAGGGUCGUCGGAUGCCGAGUCCAAAUCCCGCAUUUAUGCCCAGUCGAAAUACACAGUUUUUCUUUCCUGGCCCACCUCAGGCAUCUUCUUCCUCCGAUGCCGACGUUUCCCAGUCAACAACAAUACAACAAUUCCCACGAACACGUUUUCCCAGCCCAUCCUCAGCAUAUGAAAGUGGUUAUCCCUCUGGAUGUCCCCGUAGCCUCAUCCCACCAGCUACUGCUCCACCCACACGAAUGCCUUCUCCGUCAGAUGUGCGUCAACACGGUACUGGUAUGCCUCCACAACAGGAUGCUGCACCCUCUUUACUGUUGGCUGUUCCUGCAAGCCCUUGUCAACCAAGUAUGACGUGUCCCUGCGCCAGUGUACGUGGAAUCGCACAGAAGGUGGAUGAAGGUGCUCGUGCAUCUUGCACAAAAUUGCCGCAACAACACCCAUCCAGAAACCUGCCAUUCCAACCGAGUCUUCAUUCGGAAUUGCAGUCACAGCUCCCACUGUUUCCCAGAGGUUCCGUGCUCUCAGAAUCAGUUUCUGCUUUGGAUUGUCUGCCUAUCACACCUGGUCUGUCCGAUCUGAGUCAACCGUCUUCACUUCAAACUCCAACCAAUUCUUACCUAUGCACGAAUAGUGCUAGUCAUCUGACGGGAAAUGAAUUCGAUUCAGUGCGGACCGCUACAUCCUUGUCCUGCGCCCCACUCGCAUCAGACAGGACCGCUUAUCAGCUGUUCUCACAUGACCAUGCUCGUAUCAACCCAUCAGCUGUAGCAGGUCAUGAAUACGGUGGUUCUCUUCGAGCACCUCACGCUAAUUGUCCAUGUGGGAUUGUACCACAUGCGGCAGAUCCAUUGGGGGCAAAUAUUACCGGGACUGCAUCGGACGGUCCUCCGGAAUGGUGUGCAACUGGUACUGGUCAAUUGUUCAGAUUUCCUUCAGUCUACGCAGCAGCUGGAGACCCCAGAACUGGGGCCUCUGUAAUGACAACCACCGCAACCACGUCCGGGACGGACACAGGCACGGAAUUCAUUGAGCAUAAUCUCGAUCUGCUCACACGCAAAGUGACAGAACUGGCAAUCGGAGGUCAGUGUCUCUCCAGCUGGCUUGAUUGUAUUGGUGCAUCUAUGUUUGAGGUGUAG